GAAUAAAAAAUAUCUCAUCGACAUUUCGAAACAACCGCACCGACCUUAGCUCAGUUGGUAGAGCGGAGGACUGUAGUUGGUCAAAACCCACAGCUUAUCCUUAGGUCGCUGGUUCGAAUCCGGCAGUAAAGCAAGUAUUCAGGCAAAGAAACAACGCCAAAUCCAAAUUCAACACAAGUAGUUAAAAAAAUCGUUUCGUUUUACCAUCAGUUGCUUAAAUCCACGAAGAAAAAAUGGCAAACACAUUGAGGCUUUAUUUGACUUGCAUAAGGAACACUCUCGAGGCUGCCAUGUGUCUCCAGAAUUUUCCUUGUCAAGAAGUUGAGAGGCAUAAUAAGCCAGAAGUUGAACUAAAGACAAGCCCAGAACUUCUGCUAAAUCCCGUUUUGAUAUGUCGAAAUGAGGCUGAAAAAUGCUUAAUAGAAACAUCUAUCAAUUCACUACGGAUAAGCCUCAAGGUAAAACAGGCAGAUGAACUUGAAAACAUACUAACUAAAAAGUUCCUUAGAUUUUUGUCAAUGAGGGCAGAAGCAUUUCAAGUUUUGAGAAGAAAACCAGUACAGGGUUAUGACAUCAGUUUUCUUAUCACAAACUACCACUGUGAAGAGAUGCAGAAACAGAAGCUCAUUGAUUUUAUUGUGCAAUUCAUGGAGGACAUUGAUAAAGAGAUAAGUGAAUUGAAAAUGUCUGUGAAUACACGAGGGAGGCUGGUGGCGACGGAGUUUUUGAAGCAGUUUAUCUAACAUCAUGAAGAUGAUGAUAUCUGAAUGAAUUUGGCUCCGGCAAAUUUGUUAGAACACGUAGAUGCAUAUGUCCAUGAUUUGGCCAUGAGCCGUGUUCGGAUGUCUAGCCAAGAUUGUGAUCCUUCACAGAUCCGUCGUCAUUGUCAAUUAUAUUGAUCAAACAAGAGAAAUCUCUUCACUGUUUAUGUUUAUGCACUUCUAUGUUCAUAUAUGUGUACUCUGUUAAUGAACCAGGAGCAUAACAUCGUUAUAAUUUUUUGAAGCACAAAAGCAGCUGACUGGAACUUUUUUUAAGUUUUGAAUUGAAAACA